GUGUGUGUGUGUGUGACGUUUAUAAUGCACGUUAAGAUGAAAACCCACACAUGUUUUUUUUUUCCUUUUACAUAUAGUUCAACUUUAACAUGUCGUUUCAUCGCGCAGGGCUCCGUGUCCUAUUUCUGGAGUUCGCUCUUCGUCCUUUCUGUUUUUUGUUUUUUUGUUUGUUUUUUUCUCAAACCCAAGUCCAUACUUGGUGAAUGACGCGAAGGGACACCCAGCCUUUCCCUUUAUAACCACACUGCACCAUUCAGGAGCUGUUUUUCGAGACAUGAAGGGAUGAACAAACAAAAUGUUCGAGAGCAAAACUGCAUUCCUGUAAUUAAUCCAAGCCGCUCGCUCUUCAGGAUGAGCGCUAAACUGGCCAAUGAAGUGUUCGUGUCUCUCAGCGGGUUUGUGGAUAGCAUCCCCAAAGAUGUGUACUCAGCGGAGGGGUCGGUUGUUUUUAAGGAAGAGGCUGUGGGAGAAGACGAGGACGACAGCGGUGCCUUUCUGUUCGAGGGGAAGAGUGUGGCUGAGCUGCCUUACCACGGCGACUUUGCGCAGUACGUGGCCACUUUACGCACGCACCCCGUGGCGUUUACCGGCAAGAUCUCCGUGGACUCCAGAGGCGCGGGAGGACCGUGGACACCCAGGGACAUCAUCAACGUGAUCAGCGCUGACAUCGCCGCCCCGGUGUCGGGAUCGUGUUCAAGAUCACCAGAUAUUUGCGCAAGAGGAGGUGGAGGAGCAGGAGGAGGGGGAGGAGGAGGAGACACAGCGGAAGCUGGGGACUGUGCCAUGGCGCACGGCCAUCCCGACAUCAGCCACAUGUACGCGCCCCCCCAUCACCACCCCCACCCUCACCCUCACCCGCACCCUCACCCGGGCCCUUCCUACUCCUGCAGCGGGGACAUGUACCAGGACCAGUCGGCGGGGGGUUACCUGUCGGCAUCCACCUGCUCUGUGUCCUACCACCCGCCGCCCACCUACAACCCUCCGCCCAAAUCCACCGUGGACGGCGGCGCACUGCUGUCCAUCAUGCCCGAGUACGGAGGUUUCUACCAGCAGAGUUGCCAGAGGGACAUCCAGGCGGCUUUCCCGGAGAGGAAAUCCCUCCCGUACCCGCUAGACUCCCUCCGGGUGCCCCCGCCUCUCACUCCUCUCAACACCAUCCGGAACUUUACGCUCGGUGCGCCCUCAGCCGCGGCCGAGGGUCCGAUGGCCGCCGCCUUCCCCGGCCACCAGAGCCUCCCCCUCAGGCCGAUCCUGAGACCCAGGAAGUACCCGAACCGGCCGAGCAAGACGCCGGUCCACCAGAGGCCGUACCCGUGCCCGGCGGAGAGCUGCGACCGCCGGUUCUCCAGGUCGGACGAGCUGAGCCGGCACCUGCGCAUCCACACGGGCCACAAGCCGUUCCAGUGCCGCAUCUGCAUGAGGAACUUCAGCCGCAGCGACCACCUCACCACCCACAUCCGCACGCACACCGGGGAGAAACCUUUCUCCUGCGACCAGUGCGGGAGGAAGUUCGCCCGCAGCGACGAGAGGAGGAGGCACAUGAAGAUCCACCUGCGGCAGAAGGAGAAAAAGGCCUCGGCCUCCUAAUGCUCAUCGCGCUGCUGAAUCGGAACAUUGCCAGCGGAUCGGCUCGGUCGGAAGACUCCAAAUCAAUAGACAUCUCGUUGGAGGCGUAUCAGGGAACAGCGGUCACGUGUUGGGCCACGCUGUCGUUAUUUAUCGCGUUAUUAACUGAAACACAACUCCUCAGUCAGUCAGUCAGGGGUCCAGGGGAUCAACAGAGAGCCUGCACACACAAACAAAGUUUGACACGGUGGUGUUAAAUUGUAAAUGAAGUUUGAUUUAAACGUAACAUUUUUUUGAAAACACAGCUUUUUGUGCCUGCUGUCUGUCUGCUUUAUAUUCUCAGGGACUCAUUCAGUCACGAUGCAGGAUGCAAACACGAGACCGGGUGCUGCAGGUCAGCUGAGCGACGCAUGAGGAGCAGUUUAAAUCACUGUGGAAUGAGAGCUGAUGUUUGGGCUUAACCGUUUUGUUUCAAAAAUCUACUCCAAAAAAAUGUUGUUUUCUCUCGUUACAGUUGUCCUGCAGGGUUUACAUGCACGCUAUACAUUGUGCGAUGUUGUGAUGAUACUAAAUGACUAUGAUCACUUAUUUAUCCAAACGGACUAUUCUACUCUUACUAAUCUGUCACGAAGGUUGUAACACAGGAACAAACGUAAAAUGCAUUCGAUAUGUGAGUUUUUCCGGGUGCACAUUAUUUAAAGGAUCUCUAUGUGAUAUUCAAAUCAAGUCACAAAUCAGGUCUUUUCAUCGCAGCAAAAUGAAGUUGUUUUUCUUUAACCUGUAUUUUGUAUAUUAAAACAACGACGUGCGUUCUCCCGUUUCAAGAGUUGACAUCGGUUUACAGAACAUGUUUGGAUCUAACGAUUAUCUGUUUCUUUAUGCCUAUUGGUAUUUGCAGGUGUAUGCACACCUGUUGGUGAAGAGCCAAACAGCAUUUACAGGGUGAACUUGAGAAAGAGUCACUGGAAAAAGUUGUGUUUCUGUGUUUUAUCAUUUUUAUGCAAACAAGUGGAGCACUAAAGCUUUUGUUCUGCUGGACCGAUGCUUCUUGUCAAUGCGAAUAAACGCUGCCUUGUCGAGUCGU